AUGACGUCAAACGUAGAGGAUGCCAUAAUGGCAGCAGCAGCUUGCGUACCCAAAUAUCAAGAGGAAUGGCAACAGAUUGCAAAUGAUUUUGACCAGAAGUGGAAUUACCCUCACUGUUGUGGCAGUAUCGAUGGAAAACACAUAUGCUUACAAGCUCAAAUAAAUACUGGAAGCGACUAUUUCAAUUACAAGGGAUUUUUCAGCAUAGUGCUUUUAGCUAUAGUGGACGCUACUAUUGCUUUACGUUGCCAAGGUCGUUUGUCUGAUGGUGGAGUAUUUGCUAAUACAACAUUUAAAAAGUUACUUGAAACCUCUUCCUUGAAUCUCCCAUCAAUGAAAGUUUUACCGGGAAGAAUAUCAUCAACUUCACCUUUUGUGUUUCUUGGUGAUGAGGCAUUUGCUUUACAGCCGCAUAUGAUGACACCCUUCCCAGGCACUCAACAGAAAGGGUCACCGGCUCGGAUUUACAAUUACAGACACAGCAGAGCCAGACGUGUAGUCGAAAAUACAUUUGGAAUUAUGUCUGUUAUAUUCAGGGUGUUUAGAAAACCAAUGCUUCUUGAGCCUCAAAACGCAGAAAGGGUAGUUUAA